AUGAAAUAAGAAUUUUGUUUGAUCGAGGGACAUGAUAAAGAGGAGCUAAAUUAUAUAUGUAAUGAAUUGUAAUGUAUUGACCUUAAAAAUAAUAAACUUCUCUGUUAAAAAUGUUUGUGUUAACAUAGAGGGGUGAAUUAUAAUGUAUUAAGAGGGAUGGCCAUUAAUAAUUACAAUCAAUACAUCUAAAUUUUGUAAAGUGAUAUAGAUGAAAAUGAGAACUUAAAAAAAAGUGUGGAAUAAUCUAUUAAAGAGAUUUAAGGAAAGAUCAUGAAAAUGCUUUCUGAUUUGUAAAAAAGUAUUUUUACUUUUGUUGAUCAAUAAAGUUAAAAAUUAAAUACCAAUAAAACUAAAGCAUAAUAGUUAAUGCAAGAUUCAAAUCCUUCGCUUGAUAUCUAUAUAUUUUUUGCUAAGUUUUCAGAUAAAAUAGCUCAAAGGAAAUAAGAAAUUACAAAAUAAUAAGUUAAGAAAAUUAUUAAUGAUUUAGUUGAUGAUCUCAAUUAAAAAUUAGAAUAUCUCAAGUAAUAGGAUAUUAAUGAAUAUAAAAUUAUUGAAAUUGAACUGCAAUCAUUUCAAAUAGAAUCAAUUUUUUAGCCAAAACUUCCUUACAGCUAUUGCAAUCAGCAUUUCACAACUAAAUCUUCAAUUUGUAUAGACAUUAAUUGCUUAUAAUCAAGCGAUUUAGAUUAUCAUUGUUUAAGAUGCUGCAAAACUACUCAUGUUGAACAUUUUAAAAAUGAUUUAUUAGAGGAAUAUGAUAAAUUGAAAAAAGAAUAGAAAAUAAAAUAAAAUUUUUUAGUUAAUGAAAAACAAAAAAUUAAAGACAAUACUUAAAAAUUGGUUAAUGACUAGAUAAAUUAGUUAAAAGUUGAACAGAAAGAAUAAUAUUUGAAAUAUGAAACUACUAUUGAAAAUAUCAAGAGUCUUUAAUAAUAAUUUGAAAUUAAUUUGUCAGUUUAAGAUACUAAAUAUGUAUUUGGCGAUUUACUGUUAUAAUUCAUUACCACUAAAGAAGAAGAACUAUAAUUGUAACUAAAUCAUGUACAAAAAAAUUUGGAAGAAAAGCUUAAAUGUUGUAAAAUGUAAGAUAAGUAAACAUUCCUAGAACAAUGCAAAUAACUAUAAAUAAAAUAAGAUGAAGUUUUCAAACUUGAAAAAACUGUACAAGAAUUAUAAUCCAUAGUUGAUAAAAAGGACUAACUGUUAAAAACUUAAUCUUCAGAAAAUAUACUUAAUUUGAUAUAUACAAAUACAUAACAAAUUAUCAGAGAAAAGGAUAAAUAAACAAAAAUUACUGAAUAAUAAUCAUAAUAAUCAUAAUAAUAAUAAUAAUCAUAAUAAUCAUAAUAAUCAUAAUAAUCAUAAUAAUCAUAAUAAUCAUAAUCAUUAAGAAAUUAAAUUUUAAAUCCUAAUAAUAAAAAAUUACCAUAUUGA